UGCUCUUGUUUGUUUCCCCCUUUUCUUUUCCCCCUCUGCCCUAACCCAGCCGGCAUACUUUGGAAACCCGACCCGAAAAAUAUUCGGGUUCCUAACUGAUCCCUUCAGCUUCUCCAUACUCAGACCUUUUAGUUCUUCCAUGUGACAUGCAUAAUUGAUAGUCACAUUUACUGCUUUUUCAGAGCUUUGAAAUGUCAACUGGCCCUGGACUUGAGUCUCUUGUAGAUCAGACAAUCUCGGUCAUCACGAAUGAUGGGCGCAACAUAGUAGGAGUCUUAAAAGGCUUUGACCAGGCCACAAAUAUCAUUCUCGAUGAAUCUCAUGAACGUGUGUACUCCACCAAGGAAGGUGUUCAGCAGCUUGUAUUGGGUUUGUACAUAAUAAGAGGCGACAACAUGUACUUUGCUUUUCAAAGUGUUGUUGGUGAACUAGAUGAAGAGCUUGAUUCUGCUCUUGACUUGUCAAACCUUAGAGCACAUCCUCUGAAGCCUGUUAUCCAUUGAUUGAACAAUGAAAGCUCAUAGAGUUGCUAUAGACAGCAUGUUGGAUUAAAUUCCACAACAUGUUAAAAGAACAUAUCAUGAUGAUGAGAAACCCAAUAUGUAUUAAUUUUUUGAUGCAUUUUUAUGUUAUAUUUUAUUGGUAGCUGUUUAAAUGCUUCAUUCA